CCUUUCGCCCACUUUCUUUAUCUACAACAAGUGAACACAAGUCCUUUUUUGUUUCUGAAGAUCAGACGGUGGUUAGUUGAGGAAAAAUGAGCUGCAACGGUUGCCGAGUGCUCCGAAAAGGGUGCAAGGAGACAUGUGUGUUACGCUCAAGCUUACGUUGGAUCGAGUCCCCCGAAGCACAAGGCAACGCCACCUUAUUUCUCGCAAAGUUCUUCGGCCGCAGUGACCUCCUGUCGUUUAUCUCUUCCGUCCCUGAAUCCCAACGCCCCGCUUUGUUUCAGUCUUUAUUGUUCGAGGCAUGUGGUCGUACAGUGAAUCCGGUGAACGGAGCGGUUGGACUGUUAUCCAGUGGGAACUGGCAUAUCUGCCAGGCGGCGGUGGAUACGGUUCUUCAAGGCGGAGCGUUACGGCCUAUUACGGGGGUUUGGACGCCGAGUCGCGAUGAGUCAUCUGAUCCUUUUUUUGGCAACAAUUCGUACAACUUCCAGAGCCGCUACGCUGAGUCGAAGCCUUUGAUGAGGAUGUUGAUGGAGAAUCAAUCGGGUUCUACGGCGUCGGAUCAAAGUCUGUCUUUGAUGACGAUGCCCGGUGGAGGAAGACGUGGCGGAAGGCGAUACGAGGAAGAAAAGAAGAGAACAAAAACGCCGUCUCUUUAUUCGGAGGAAUCCGAAAUAACUACUUACGGGAGCAACGAAAAUGAAGGAAGCCGGAAGAAAAAGAUUUUGAAACUCUUCGUGUGAGAAAAGUUAAAGAGUUUAAAAUAGAAAGGAAAAAAAACGGUCUUUUUUAUUAGCCGGCGAUCAUGUAGUGAAUAAUGAAGAGAAAAUAAUAAAGAAAGAGUUGGGGA